AUUCAAAGAAAAUCCAUGUUAGGUUUGCUUUCAUAAGAGAAAACAUUGAAAGCACUAAGAAGAAGACAAAGCAAAGUCGAGCAAGAAGAGGACCUGCGUCCUUGCCGGAGCAGAUCUUCUCAUGGCCCCAGACAGCCAAACAUUGAAUGCUGAAGUAGAACCAAACAGGAUUGUUAUUUUAUUUUAUUUUUUUUCAAUUAAACAAUAUCAUAUGCACGACGACUUUGCUUAUAUCCAUGUCAUCACUCCAGUUGGCUCAUCAACAACAUUCGUGUCCUUUUUUCAACUGAAACCGUCUUUUAAACGAUGAAUGGAUCAAUUAUUUUAUUUGACUUUCUAAUCAGCUUUGCAUGUGAUGUGGAUCAGACUUGUACAGUUCUCCGUCAGGUAAGAUUUAACGACCGUCGUUAAAGUGAAGGCGUUGACCUGAUCCAAAACGAAAGUCAACACGAUAACCCACGAUCAGAACCGGUCGGAAAGUGUCAGUUUCGUAAAUAGCAGUGAUGAUGAAGGGCGGUGGCAGGAACUAGACGACCGGCCACCGACCGGAACGUUUAUAUGCGGGCGAAGGGAAUGAAGAAUUCAGAGGGAAGAGAGCGAGUUGUGACGAUUGCCCACAACCAUAAAUGCAAAGAAAUGAAGACCCACCAUCCCCCCGGAUUCAAACCCUAAAAAAAAAAUGCUAUCUUUAAGCCUAUUUUCAACUUGAAUUUUCUUUCCCUCUUACUUCGCCGGAAUCUGAACUCAAUCGCCGGCGAUGGCCCUCGCCCUCGCCCUCCGGCCAACCCAUUCUUUGUUUUUAUUUGCUUUCUCAUUUUUGCCCUUUAGAUCUAUCUCUGUUUGAAAGAUCAGGAUCGGCAGUGGCAAUACUUCUUAUCGAAUUUCCCUAUUUAUUUGCUUUUUUUGGCUGGGUUCUGAGAUUAUGUAGCCUACAUUCUUUAUUUUAUUAAUUUUUUCCCUAAAAUAUCCUCCUCCUCCUCCUCUCUCUCUCCCUCUCUAACGAUUCUUCUCGUGCCCGACCCUAGGGUUAGUCUUCGAAUCUUCCUGUUUCGGAGGGGGAGGCUCAUAUAGGUUUGAAUUGGGAAUUGGGGAUAUCAUUGGUUUGAGUUAUUUUGGAGAUAUGAGCUGGUUUUCUUGCAUUCGUCCCCGUCGUAAAGACGCCGGCAAGGUCGAAAUCGACAACGAUUUCAAAGAAUCUUCGAUGUUUUGGGAUCUGUAAACUUGCAAAAAUUUCGCAGGGAGUCGGAGGGGGAACUCCUAUUCAAAUGACAUUGGAAAGGGGAAGGAAUCACAAUCCAGCAAUGGAAACAACCGGAGAUGUGGGGCUGCACGAAGCUUCCCAUUUCGCGAGUUAGCCAUGGCCACGAGAGGCUUCAAGGAAGUGAACUUGAUUGGUGAAGGCGGUUUUGGAAGAGUUUACAAAGGACGAUUAGGAACAGGCCAGCUCGUUGCGAUUAAACAACUCGACCGUAAAGGUCUUCAGGGAUAUCAGGAAUUCAUCGUCGAAGUUCUCAUGUUAAGUUUAUUAGAUGAUAGUAAUCUUGUCACCUUGAUUGGUUAUUGUACUGAUGGAGAUCAAAGACUGUUGGUCUACGAGUAUAUGUCGAUGGGAAGCUUGGAAAACCAUCUUUUUGGCUUGUCCCCCGAACGACCGCCAUUGAGUUGGAACACUCGAAUCAAGAUUGCUCUUGGUGCAGCCCAGGGGCUUGAGUAUCUUCACUGCACAGCCAAUCCACCAGUCAUCUACCGUGACUUGAAAUCUGCAAACAUUUUACUGGAUGAUGACUUCAAUCCAAAGCUCUCAGAUUUCGGCCUCGCGAAGUUAGGACCGGUUGGUGACAACACUCAUGUUUCCACCAGAGUAAUGGGAACACAGGGUUAUUGUGCUCCGGAGUAUGCCAUGAGUGGCAAACUCACCCUUAAGUCUGAUAUUUAUUGCUUUGGUGUAGUUCUGUUGGAGAUAAUUACAGGUAGGAAAGCUAUAGACUCCACCAAGAAACCAGGAGAGCAAAAUCUGGUUGUUUGGUCUCGCCCUUUCCUGAAAGACCGGAGGAAGUUCAUUCAAUUGAUCGACCCGCUGCUCGAAGGUCGCUACCAUCUUCGUUGUGUACAUCAUGCAAUUGCAAUUGCUGCAAUGUGUCUCCAGGAGCAGCCAACGUUCCGGCCAAUUGUCAGUGAUAUCGUUGUUGCCCUUGAGUACUUGGCUUCUCAGAGUUGCGGAUCAGAACAACCGAGGGACGAGGUGCCUAGUCCCUCCAAACCAUCUCCUCAAAAGGACAGGCGUUCCCCUGUUCAAGCAUCGAGACGUGGAAAGAAUUCAAGAUUCAUGUAAGGGUGGUUGCUGUACAAGUCUUCGUAUGGCUGUGGAAGAUGCAUUUGCAGUUUAUGGUGUUAGCAAAACCCGGCCAACUCCAAAUAUGCAAGCAAUCCACAUGCAUUUUUGAGUGCCAUUAUCUCCCCUUUGAUGGCCGUUGCACAUAUUUCAGGUAAUACAGAUUCUUGCCUGCAAUACGGACUACAUCAACUAGUCUCAUACAUGGGAUGAUCCUUCGUCAUCUUAUCUUUUCUGAUUUCCAUCAUUCUCAGUUCAUUAAAAAAUAUAUAUAUUUCUUUAAUAUGGGCUUAUCGAGUGCAGUGAAGCCAGCCCAUAUGAUGAUGAUCCACAUAAUUUAUAUAUGUAUAUAAUGUAAUCAACUGAUAAUAAACUUGGUGAAAGCAAGUGAUAGACAUUUGACUAACUCAA